AGCAAGCAAGCAAACUGAGCAAGAAGUGCGCAGUGUUUUCAGAGAAGUUCGAAUUCGACGGCCGUUGCUCCGCUACGAGUAUUGUUGGUUGUAUCGGCCUAGAAGUCAGUACCGUCCGCAAAGUCGUAAAUUUUUCCUGCAAUCAUGGCUUGGCAACCUCUUGAAUCAAACCCAGAAGUGAUGACCAAGUAUAUUCAACGAGCUGGAGUAUCUGAUGACAUUCAGGUCGUUGAUGUAUUUGGACUGGACCCUGACAUCCUUGCAAUUGUUCCUCAGCCUACGUAUUCAUUAAUUUUACUUUUUCCUUGUUCUGACAUUUAUGAGAAGUUUAAAGCUGAUGAAGAAGAAAUGUUAAAAGACAAGGAUCAAAAAAUUCCAUCGUCCACAUUUUUUAUGAAGCAAAUAACUCCAAAUGCAUGUGGGACAAUUGCUCUAGUCCAUGGAAUCCUUAACAACCUUGAUGAGAUCAAGUUGAAGGAUGGUAUUUUGAAAGACUUUAUAGAGAAGGCAGCAUCACUCAGUCCCCUGGAACGAGGAGACCUCCUCGACAAAAUGGGCAGCAUAAUUGAUUUGCACAAAGAAGUUGCUGCUGAAGGGCAAACUGAGGCACCACCUGCUGAAGAAAAAAUCAUCCACCACUUUGUAGCAUUUGUUCAUAAGGAGGGAAAUUUACUUGAACUUGAUGGCAGAAAGUUUGGCCCCAUUAACCACGGACCAACAACUCCUGAGACAUUCUUGGCUGAUGCAGCAAAAGUGUGCAAAACCUUUAUGACUCGUGAUCCUGAAGAAGUUCGUUUUACAAUUGUUGCUAUCAGCCGUGAUCAAAACUGAAAACCACUCUUAUCAAACAUGCUUGCUUGUUAUCAACUGCUUUGGUUGUGCUUUUCAUUUUGAACUCUAUUUCACUACAAAUCCUUCUGUCUAGUAGUGUGAAUAAUAUUAUUAUUUAUAUUUUGUAUACUUACAAAGCCCUUUUAUAUUUUCAUUAAAUCCUAAAUUUUACCAGA